UUCGGCAUGCGCCUCCCAUUGGCUGGUGGCGCGCGCGGCGGUUUCGCGGGGAGCAGGCUCGCGCCGUGCCCCCUCGGUCGGGCCGGGAGCCGGGGCCGCCGUGCCGGGAUCGCGGCUCAGCCGGUGAGUUGAGGCUCUCGGCCCCUCAUCUUCCUCCUCCUCUCGCCWCUGCUUCCUUCUAGCCCUCACCACCUUCACCUCCGUUGCCCGAAAGCUGACGCUUUUCAUGGAUUAAGUAACUACGCGAUAUCUUCCCAGCGUUGGAUUUUCUGGGGAGAGCUUGGAGGCAGGGAAUUCAGUCUCUUACCAUAAAAGAAAAUGUCUACAUCUAGCAUUGCAGCAAGAGUGGAAACCUGGCUUUCAUCCAAAUGGCACGUCAAAGUUCCUUUGACAUGGCUGGAAGCAUGUAUUAACUGGAUCCAGGAAGAAAAUAGUGGUAGUAACUUAAAUCAAGCUCAGAUUAACAAGCAGGUAUUUGAGCAAUGGCUUCUUACUGAUCUGAGAGACUUGGAAUAUCCCAUUUUGCCUAACUGCAUCUUAGAUACUCCCAAAGGAGAGUUAUCAGGCUUCUACUCCAUACAGAUUGAUUCACUGGUUGAUGUUAGCCAGCCAGCAUAUUCUCAGUUGCAGAAGCUAAGAGGGAAAAGCACUGUAAAUGAAGAAGUAACAGCCAGUACUCAGACAUUUCAGAAGCCCUGGGAAGCAAAGCCUACUCGAAUGCUGAUGCUACAACUAACUGAUGGAAUACAUCAAAUUCAGGGCAUGGAAUAUCAGCCAGUACCUGUUCUUUGCAGUAAUCUUCCUCCUGGAACAAAAAUAACUGUACAGGGCAAUAUUGCAUAUCGUCUUGGAGUUCUCCUGCUUAAACCAGAAAAUGUGAAACUGUUGGGGGGUGAAGUUGAUGCUCUUCUUGAGGAUUAUUGUCAAGAAAGGGUCCUUGCUAGAUUGAUUGGAGAAACUGAAAACCCUAAUCCUGUUGCACAAGCUGGACAUGAACAGAUUGUUUCAAGGCCUGUGGAUGAGCUAGAACAAACUCUUGGCCCUUCGGAUGAAGAGCUUUUAGCCAGCCUUGAUGAAAAUAAUGAAUUUUCUUUAAAUGACAGGGCAUCUUUAGAAAGUGGAUACUGUAGUAGAAGCAACAAUUUUAGUACAGCCUCAGGUUCACUGACUGCGCAUMAUAGAAAUGUUUUGCUGCAGAAAUCUGAAAGUCCUUUGCCUCACUCAGAUGAACAAGUUUCACCUCCCACAGAAUAUGCUGAUGGCUUUUUAAAUGACUUUCCUUUAGAAGAUGACUUGCUGCUGGAAGAAGAGAUGCAAAGAGAGAUGGAAGAAGUGCCACCAGUGGUCAUGAACAGGAACAUGGAUUUAAUUAGUGGCAGACUUCCACAUACAUCUAGAAGCUCCUGCAAUUCAUCUUUAAAUGGCACUGUUGAAGAAGAUGAUGUGAGUGAAAGAGAUAAGCUCAGGGAAACUGCCAGCAAGGAAAAGRACUUGGAAAUACCAAUAUUUGAUGAAGAUGGAAAUAGCGUGAAUAACGUUUUGCAGCACAAGGGAUUACAGCGGACCUGCAAUUCAUCAGAUUUUUCUUUGGAAAAUCCUCCUGAGGAAGGGCAGAAUUAUACAGACCAAGAUGAAAGCAGAUGUAGAUACCAGCACACUUCUGACAGCAGGGUAUUAAAUGAUGAUCCUGUGUUUUCCCCCAGAAUGGAUCCUGAAGGAGAUCAGCAGAAACAUGAUUCACAGAUCUUUCCUUGUAAAGCAGUAGAGGCACAUUUAGAUUUACAUUCUCCACCUUUCACAUAUAUUUCCCUUCUUCUUGCAAAAAAACCAGAAACUGUUACAAUUCUGAAAGUUAAAUGUUUUAUUGUUACUCUCACUGGAAACCUCACAAACAACGAUGGCUCCUGGGGCAUAAAGGCAAAAAUUUCUGAUGGUUCUGCAUAUCUUGAAGUAGAUUUUUCUGAUGAUGUUCUAACAAGUUUGAUCGGCUUUUCAGUGCCCGAAAUGAAUAGGAUGAAAAAGGAUCCAGCUUUACGUCUAAAACUUAAGGAUGGAUUAGAGAMAUGUCAAAAACAACUGAUAGAUCUCUGUUGUUUGAUGACUAUUGAGUUUAACCCAUGUCAAUCUAAAGCUACUGUAUUAACUCUUCAGGAUGCCAAUGUUGAGCAUCUGGAACAAUUGAAGAAACGUUUGAAUAAAUAACAUUUGCAGACUUGCAGACUAUAUAUUAGAAACCAUUUAAGUCAGAUUUCCCCUGAGCAACUGUUGAAUGUUAAAUUUUAAGUGGUGUGCCUUUUAUUAGGAAUUAGAAUGCAAAAGUGARACAAGGAGAUUGCAAAACUGGGCUGUUUCUUAUGACAAUAUUGAAAUACRCUUUCAAAUAUUUCUGUCUUGAUUUAAAAUAAAAACAGUUUUCAUUUAAAUUUUAGUGGAAGGUCCUUAGUCACUUUGAAAGAAAAUAUGUAUCUUGUUGAGUGUAUAGAGUAUGAGAAAUUAUCUGAUUAAGUUUUUUGUUCUUAUUUCUUCUUCCUAUCCUUUCCCCUUCUCUCUGGUAUUUUUUGUUGUUGGUGUUGUUGUUUUGGUUGGGUUUUUUUUUCUUAUUUUUCCCUUUGGUUGGUUGGUUUGAGUUGGGUUAUUUUCCUGGGAAUUUCGAAGAAUUAAAAUUAUGGCAGGAGUAGGGGAACCAAUGACAGGAGCAGUCUGCCCAGUGCUGGUAGUGUUUGCAAAAAAUGUAAACUCUGUGGCCAGGAGAGGGAUUUACCUUUCCCAYUGUGUAGAGGACCUGAGCAAAUUAUAACCCUGUGAGUUACCUUUGGGUUUAUUUUCUGAGGUUUUGGGGAAUUGCAUAUCCUUUACAACCUUAACAGGAAAAGCUUUAGCRUGUCUGGAACCUGCAUUGCUGGAUCUUUAGUUACAAUUUCAGAAAAAAUUGCUUGUUAGUAGGAAACUGACCAAGCUUCAUUKCAUGUAAUCCUUGCAUAAGUUAAUAGAGCUGACUGUAAACUUUUAGUGCAGUUUUAUGGAAAUAUUUCUCCUAUAAUGAGUUAGGAAACUUCCUUUGAUGUUUUUGCCUUAACAUGUAAAAGGAUAGGAGUCCUUAAAGUUCAAAUGGCAUGAAUAAUCCACGGAWUUUAUUCUGCCAGUGCAAAGCAAGAAGAAUGUUAUUCAAACUGCAAAAUCCAAUUACGUGUGUUUGGUUUAGAUGAUGAAGUARUACCUGCCCAUCCUUUUUUUGUAUUUGUGUUAAGGUUUAGCCAUCUCUGCUAUAAUAAUUGCUUGUCUCCUGUUCUCUUCCUCUCUCCCUUCCUCAUCCUCUCCCCUAUUGUCCUUGUCUUAAUUUUCAACAUGUUCUUCCUGGAAGGCCACUCUCAUGCCUGUGGUCCAGUGCAAGCAAGAAAAUCUCAAUAAAGCUGUUUWCAGCUUGACUGCUCUGCAGAUAUUUCAGUGCAGUUUUCUAGUGUAUAAGGUUUCCAGAUUGUGUUCAAGCUUUUUGAAUUAAUGAGAAAUAUUGCAUAGUUUUUCCAACAUGAAAAGUGAUAUUGAURUUGAGAAAGCACGAUUACUUAAGAGCUGAUGUUGAACAGAAAAUGGUUUAUGUGGCUGUGUGUACCAGUCAUUGGUUCCUGCCUUAUCMGUUUUAUUUGCUCUCAAAUUCAACUUGUCUCAUAGCAGUCUUAAUGUUGUGRUUCUGUGUGUAUGUAUUGCAUGCAUAUAUUGCCUCACUGUGCCAGGUAGURGUGUGUGUCAGAGCCCUUCAGGUAACCACUGUUCUUACAGGUUGAAUUCAGARCUCAGGCUGCAACCCAGCAGAGGUAUGGCUGCAUUUCUGGACCACGCAAAAGAAUUCCUGUACCAGCACCUGAAGGCAAUUGUCAUGGCAGCUGCUCUCACAAGUUACUUGCAGCCUUCUGGCAGAAGCAGCUUUUGCUCUUGAGAAAUUAUCUUUUUUCUACACUAUGUUAGAAAUUAUCUUUUUUCUACACUACAUUGCAAAUUAACUUCUUGUUAUCUUUGUGUCAGAUGCUAAAUAGACUUCUGCGCUUUCAGUGUAUCUGACUGCAGUUUCAGAAUUUGUGUUCUUCAGGAAUGUUUUCCUUUUAAUGGGAAAAAAAAGUGCUUUUUUGUUUCUGGUCACAGUGAAAACUUCCAACUAAUUCAGCUUCAAUACAUGAAACCUACCACAUAGGAAAGUGGCUGUCACUCUUAACAAUGAAAGUUUGUUCUUGCCUUUCUUAUGGUUGCUAAAGAAAAUGAAACCAAUAAAUGUGCUAUGGCAGUGCCAGGUACCUGGCAUCAGAAUAUCUCCUUUAAAAGCUCUGUUGCUAAGGCAAGCUAGUAGAAAAAAAGAAGGGUCUCGGAAACUUUGCUGUGCCCUAAUUAUUUUCAAGGUAUUCACUCUCAAACUGUAGAACAAGGGAGUGGCUAGUCSAAGAAAUAUGGCAGGUUUCCAAACAAAGUAGGCUGGCAAGAAUAGCUUGAGGACUAGUCUAAUCCUACUGGAUAUUAGUUUGGCCACAAAUAUGCAUGUUAUUAAAACCCAGCAACUUCCAUCUUGUUGAAUGCAGGCAGUGUUCUAGGGAAGCAACAGCUAGUUGAUGUAAUAUAUUUUCAACAUAUUGGUGGAGAGUGUGAAUGGGUUUCCUAACAGGUAUUCUGGACUGSUCAGUAAUGUGACUUCACAUUGCAAGCCUUAUGUGUUUCAGGUCCUAUCAAAAGCAGAAAUUAUCACAGUAGUGGAACACUAUUGGAUGGAACAGUAAACAUAAAAUUUGGUUCUAAAUACAAACACCUGUUUCUAAAUGUCUUGCUGUAAUGAUGUCAAACAUUUCUGUUUUGAAUGAAAAGAUAAUAUUGGGAGGAAAGAAUGAUUUAUAGUACAGUGUUUCUGAAUUAUCUGGUGGCAAGGAAAAUUAAAUGUAUUUAUCUGAGAUGAAAGGGAAGAAAGGAUGUAACACCUCAUUUCAGAGCCAAUUCCUUUGUAUUAUGGUCCUAGAAGAAACAGAAUACCAAUGGUAAUGGCAGCAAAUGAGAUACUAAGGGUAAACUGAUUAAAUAGAAGAGGCAAAAGUUUCUUACAAAUCAGCUGCUCAUCCAAACGUAUAUGCAAUGUAUUUUUGUGUUGGUCUGUCACUUUUAAUCCUUCUUUUCCUUAAGGAUUUUUCUCCUAGUUGUACGGGGCUUUCUAACAGGGUGAAAUUGCAGUGUGUUGCUGUUAGAAUUUGUCCAGCUUCUGAUUCUUAAGGCUCAACAAACCUGGUUCUCUUAUGCCUUCCAUGAAGCAUGGCAUGUGCUUCAUGUCCCUGACCACCUUGGCAGUGUGUGCUGGUCGCCUGCUUCAUUGUGUCAGUGGCUUYCUUGUGCUAGGGAACUCCAAAUAGGACACAACACUCCACAUGCAGUCACACAAGCGCUAAAAACAGAAGGCAGCUUGCCAUCUUGGAUCGGCUUCCUGGCUCUGAUGGUCAUUGCCACCACAAGGUCACACUGCUGACUUCAAGCUGCCCGCAAGUGCCCAUGACUCUUACUCUAAAGCUUCCUAGCCCAUUGGUUCUCACCCCAUACUAUUGCAUGGAGUUAUUUCUGCUAGGAUGAAGGAAUUUGCAUUUGUCUUAGUCAAGCUUAAGGACGUUUCUCCCAGUUCAUAUGUCCAACUCAUGCAGUACUGGUUCGCUAUCACUUGUUGAUUUCUUUCCUUUUCUUUCCCCUCUCUUUUCUACCACUUGCCYCUUAAUUACACAACCAGAAACCUCUUCCCAUAGGGAAUGAGGUUGGGCAGACCUGACUUGACAUUGAUAGGCCUGUGCUGACUGUUUCAAAGUACCCACACCUUCAUGUGCCUAGGUAUGGAUUCAAGGAGGAUUUGCUUUAACCUCUGGGACUGAAGUCAGACUGUCCAGUUGAUAAUUCCCUGGAUCCUGCUCCCUGAAGAUGGGUGUGGCACUUGCCUUUCACAACURGUCAGGUACCUCAUGGUUGCUGUAACCUUUCCAGUGUCCUUGAGGAUGGCUUUGUGGGGACAUGAGCCAACACCCUCAGCAGAACCCUCUGGUUCCAUGGGGAGCUGUACGUGUCUGCGCAGGGUAAAGUCGUCUGUUGCUGCACAGAAGUGCUAGUAUAUAUGAUCUCAGUAGGAAGAAUCUAAAAUACUGUUUAAAACACUAAUUAUUAGAACUAACACUUUUAGAUACAGACAAGGCCAUGCAAGUGGCAUAAGCUCUGGUGUGAGUGGCAGGUGCCUGCUGUCUCCUCCAACAUUGUGUGCUGCCUGAGCUUGUCCCACCACCAAGAGAUUUGCACARCCUGAAGGCCACACUGGCUGUGCACAGCACAGACCUGCGCCUGCUCAGGUUGGCUGUGAUGUGGGUCACUGACCCCUCAAUAUGUAAUCAUCUUCUGGUUAGCAUCACCACAUUCCCUGUCGCAUCACUUACAGUAGGCUGUACUACCUUUCUACAGAUACUGUUUGUAAGCUUGGGAAAAUKGGAGCUUUUCUUGUCAUCUGCUUAUGGAUCACCUGCUUCUUUUGGUAUCUGUGUUGCUUAUGUAAGCUGUAAGUUAUGUAGACUGUAUCACAGGUUUCAAACUAACACAAGUCACAGUUAAUACUGGCUUUAAAAUAGUUCUACUGUAGUGGAAGUGCAGAUGGUGGAAGAACAUAACAUGUUUGACCAAAUGAAACUAUAUAAAAUGAGAACAACUGCUUUGUGACAGGUGAAUACCAAAACAUCUGACUGUUACAUUGUUUUCAUAGACAAAACUAACAUUGAUUUCAGCAAAGCUGUGCUAAUACACAAAAGGGCAAAAUGCAGGCUUCACAAAUACCAUCUGAAUUGGUAAUACAUCAUAAACAAGAAAGGUGAGCUGAGCUGGAAGAACUGAAAGAUAUUCAUAGAAAGAGUUACAGAUUAGAGGCCUUUCAGGAUAAGAGUAUUUCCUGAGUUACCAGGAGAGUUCUCACAGAGUUAUUGUGGCAUAGAAAAUUUGCCUCAAUUCUGUGGAUAUCAAAAAAGCAGUAGGAAUGCCAAUACAAUUGACUGAGAGCAUCUCAUUUUCAGCCCUACUGAGCACCUUUAUCUGUAGGUAGAGAUUGGAUCUGGGAGACAUUCUGGUCUUGGUGCCUCUUAGUAGCUAAWUGAGUAUCUCCCUGAAACGUGACUUUGUUUUCUUUGCUUAAUUCCUUGUGCAAAGAUCAGAGAUACRCAGUACAGUUAAUUUAGCUGGUAUAGAUGGCCCUUACAUGUUAAACAACUUCUUUUUGUUUGCAUACUUGGUAGGUUUGAAUUUUCUUCUAGGUUGCUAUAGGGGCAAAAAACACAGUAUGGAGAGAAUUGGAAAGACUCAACCAAUGAGCUUAGGACAGCUGMAUGAGGCUCAAUAAGGCAAAGUGCUCAGUCCUGCACUGGGGUCACAGGCACCCCACACAGCGCCACAGGCUGGGGGAGGAGUGUCUGGAGAGCUGUUUGCCAGAAAGGGACUUGGGGGUGCUGGCUGAAGCUGGCUCACUAUGAGCCAACAGAGCCAACACUGUGCC